GGAAUCAGAUAAGUUUCGUGGCGCACGCAAACAAAGAGACAAAACAAAGCAAAACAGAAGAGGGAGAAGAAACUGAGGGUUUCCAGUGACUUUUGCUUCACCUCACUAUUAAGCUUGGGGUUGGAGGGAAGCACCCAGAUUCCAUUUCCCAGCGUGCUUGUAGUUGUAGAUAUAUAGGAUUGGUAAAACUGUAAUUGAAGAGGUUGAAGGAAGGUACUCUAAUGGGGGGUAUAUUGAGCUUGAACCAUUCCAAGGCUAGGGUCGGUGAACCGUCUCAAGAUUUACGUAGUGCAUCUUGCAAGAGACCGAGGUUGUCCCCAAGCUUUUAUGACGAAAACCCGAGAUUGAUUCCCUGUCUUCCUGACGAGAUAUCUAUUCAGAUUCUUGCUAGAAUUCCUAGGAUCCACUAUAUGAAGCUCAAGUCUGUUUCGAGGACCUGGAAAGCCACCGUUACAAGUGCUGAACUCUUCUCUUUGAGAAAAGAGCUAGGAACAAAGGAGGAAUGGCUCUACAUGUUAACAAAGGUCCAAAAUGAUAAGCUCAUAUGGUAUGCACUUGAUCCUAUGGCCGGAAGAUGGCAAAGGUUGCCACCUAUGCCUAAUGUUACUCUGGAAGAUGAAUCUAGGAAAGGUUUAACUGGCCAGAGAAUGUGGAAUAUGGCAGGCUCCAGUAUCAGAAUUGCGGAUGCCGUCAUGGGUUGGCUUGGGAGGAAGGAUUCACUGGAUCGAAUGCCUUUUUGUGGUUGCUCUAUUGGGGCUAUUGAUGGCUGCCUCUAUGUGCUAGGGGGAUUUUCCAAGGCUUCGGCCCUGAGAUGCACAUGGCGGUACAAUCCAGUUAAAAAUACUUGGAGUGAAUCAAGUCCAAUGUCAAUUGGUAGAGCUUAUUGUAAGACCGGCAUCUUAAACAAUAAGCUUUAUGUUGUUGGAGGUGUUACAAGGGGUCAUGGUGGAUUGACCCCUCUUCAAUCAGCUGAAGUAUUUGAUCCAAAAACAGGUGUGUGGUCUCAAGUACCAAGCAUGCCUUUUAUGAAAGCUCAGGUGUUACCAACUGCAUUUUUGGCUGAUCUGCUGAAGCCUAUUGCUACUGGAAUGACUUCAUACAGGGGAAGGUUGUUUGUUCCCCAGAGUUUGUACUGCUGGCCAUUUUUUGUUGAUGUUGGAGGAGAGGUUUAUGAUCCAGAGGCAAAUUCAUGGGUUGAAAUGCCAAUUGGUAUGGGCGAGGGUUGGCCUGCGAGGCAGGCAGGGACGAAAAUGAGUGUCACAGUUGAUGGUGAAUUGUAUGCACUGGAUCCUUCUAGUUCUCUUGACAGUGCAAAGAUCAAGGUAUACGAUUACCAAGCUGAUGCCUGGAAGGUUGUUGCAGAAGAUGUUCCAAUUCGUGACUUCACUGAAUCAGAGUCUCCCUAUUUGCUUGCUGGAUUGCUGGGGAAGCUUCAUGUAAUCACAAAGGAUGCAAAUCACAAAAUUGCUGUUCUGCAGGCUUCGGUGCAGGACCAUUUUGCGUCAAGCUCAGUAGCUUCAUCCUCAUCACACAAUGACCCCCAUGAAGAUGUUGAACGACCAGCAGAAUCAGAACGAGAUCUCUGGAAAGUAAUUGCCACAAGAAGUGCACGGGCUGCUGACCUGGUUAGUUGUCUAGUCCUUGAUGUUUGAUGUUUUGGAUUCCCUUAAGAUUUUGAAUAUGGCUCAAGACUUGAAAAAUGUUUCGGUUGAUGUAAUCACUGUAAGCUAUCUUACUCUUUUGUUCUGUCGAAGUUUGAAACUAGUAUCAGUGCAUUGUGAUAGCUCUUUACUGAUGUAAUCAUUCUAUAUUUGACCGUUGUGUUCAAAAUUAUAAAGGUUCAGGGUAUAGUGUAUAUAAGACCUGCUGUCUCAAGCUAUUUUCUUUCCCGUUCAAUGAAUUUGUUUUGACUUAA